AUUUAUGUUCGUGCCCAGUUCGACUAUGAUCCUCUUGAGGAUGAUUUAAUUCCUUGUGCACAAGCUGGAAUUGCCUUCAAGACUGGAGAUAUUCUGCAGAUUAUAUCCAAGGAUGACCACAACUGGUGGCAAGCAAAGAAAGAUCCAAAUGGUACUGCUGGACUGAUUCCCUCGCCCGAGCUACAAGAGUGGCGCACUGCUUGCCUCGCUAUGGAGAAGAGCAAGCGCGAUCAAGUGAACUGCUCAUUCUUUGGUCGGAAGAAAAAACAGCAUAAAGACAAGUAUCUUGCCAAACACAAUGCUGUUUUUGACCAACUUGAUCUUGUCACCUAUGAGGAAGUUAUAAAACUGCCAUCAUUUCGACGGAAGACACUGGUGCUGCUUGGUGCCCAUGGGGUAGGGAGGCGACACAUUAAGAAUACCCUUAUAGCUUCACAUCCUGACAAAUAUGCCUACCCAAUACCACAUACUACUCGAAGUCCACGAAAGGAUGAAGAAAAUGGAAAGAAUUAUUACUUUGUGUCUCAUGAUGAAAUGAUGGCUGACAUUGCAGCAAAUGAAUAUUUGGAAUAUGGAACACAUGAAGAUGCAAUGUAUGGAACAAAACUGGAAACCAUUCGUAAGAUUCAUGGUGAAGGUCGUAUGGCAAUCUUAGAUGUGGAACCACAAGCACUCAAGAUCCUACGCACAGCUGAAUUUGCACCCUAUGUUGUAUUCAUCGCUGCUCCUUCUCUUCAAAACAUGACUGAUUAUGAUGGAAGCUUAGAACGACUGGCAAAGGAAUCGGAUAUGCUCAAGCAAUUAUAUGGCCAUUUCUUCGACUUGACCAUAGUGAAUAAUGACAUCGAAGAAACAAUUCGACAACUGGAAAAAUCUAUCGAAACUAUGAAUAUGACACCGCAGUGGGUGCCUGUGUCAUGGGUUUACUGACAGACCGCCCCUCCCCGAGACAGUCCCUCUGACUGCUAUUGCUGUGGAACAUCAAGGAGCAAAGAGGCUAACAGACGAGCCCAUCAACACCAUAGAAGGUGAUCCAGUGGAGCAUAGAACCACACAACCAUGACCAGAGUGCCACAAUCAAAGUCUCGCAAAAUGAAAUGCCUCAUUUUACAAUAAGAUGUAAACAAACUGCCGGUAUAUAAAAAAAAAUAGCAAAACGAGACAAUACAUUACAGCCAUACACUGCACAUACAUGCUUGUCACUACGAAUGUCUUGUUAGACAAGUGAUGAAGGAAAGGAAGUGGAAACAAGUCUUGAGAGUGCUGUUAUAACUAGCAUAGAAGUUUUAGCAACUUGCUCAAAAUGGGAACCUUUUCUAAUGCAUAUAUUUGGCCUGAAAUCCUUGUAUGAAUUAAGGUGCAAUAGUGGCUCGUGUCUGUUUUUCCUCUUUGUUUUUCUCACUUCAAGUUGAUUCACAAUAGUUUAUGGUUCAGUUCACAUUCAAAGAUAUAACCUGGAAACAUUCUUGAAAAUUCCUGCUUUAUAUUAUACCACACAUUGCAUCUGUAGAAGAAAGUGAAAAUGUAUAUUAAUACCAUUUAUAUGAAGUAGGAAUUAGUGUUCAUAUCUUUUACUUUAAUUUGCUAAAAAACAAUAUUAUGAUAAUCAUAUUUGAAAACUGCCUAUUCAUAUAUAUAAAUACAUUAUAAUACUUGUAUACAGUAUACAUAUAUAUACAUACAUACAUACAUUUGGCAGAAUUGCCAAAUGAGUAAAAUUUAGUUUUCCUGGGUAUUUAAACUUAUGGCUUAAGAUUUAUUUCUGAAAAUAAAAAUGGUAUAUAUGUCAACUCAGAACAAGAACUAACUCAUUAGGGAAUCAACCCUAAUAAAUAUCUCUGUUACCUGAUCUAAGUUAAGGGUGAUGCACAGUUGUUGAGGCUAUUUCAUCAAUAUACCAACUCCUCUGAGAAUUGAAAACCUAGGUUAAUUAUUAUUUUUUGUACUUUGACUACCAGUAGCAUUCAGAAAUUUUGUUGCAAGAGAAACAGAAAAUUAGAUGAAUUCAGCCUUGAUUUGAAUCACAAUGGAUUUCUUCAAUGGAUCAUUAGAUCAUUAAAAAAUACAAAUGUCAGUUUGAGAGCUAAACUAAGUUAUGCCCAGAAUGCUGCACAUCGUAUACCCUUUCAGAGUACAGUGGACCCCCGGUUAACGAUAUUUUUUCACUCCAGAAGUAUGUUCAGGUGCCAGUAGUGACCGAAUUUGUUCCCAUAAGGAAUAUUGUGAAGUAGAUUAGUCCAUUUCAGACCCCCAAACAUACACGUACAAACGCACUUACAUAAAUACACUUACAUAAUUGGUCGCAUUCGAAGGUGAUCGUUAUGCGGGGGUCCACUGUACUGUGUU